UCUGUUGGCUGCUUAGCCCUUUACUAUUUACUGGAGAACUUUCCAGUUUGAAAAGGCCUUGUUCCUAGAUAUGACAGAUGUGUUGCAGGUUUAUAUAAGACAGAAAUUUGGACCAGGAGCAUUUCUCUUGCGUUAAAUUGAUGCUCACAGCAGUCUCCAUAUUGUGUGCAGCUGUCUUUAGAAACAGCUGGAUAUAUCUAUGCCCUCAGUGAAAUGUAGAAAGCAGCACUACUGAGGAGGUAUUUCAUUAUUUAAAAGGUGCAUGUUAAGAUUCACUGCUGCUGAUGCUCUGUACAUGACACAAACUGCAGAUACAACACACUGGUGCUAAAUUAAAGAAUAAUAGAACUGAGAUAGAGAUGGUAGAGCUUAUCCUGUUGACAAUUCUGUAGCAAUAAGUAGCCUCCUCUAAAUAUCCCUUCUCCUCAGUUUUUCUCAAGAGUUUAAAUUCAACUUUUUUUUUUCUUCUUUUCUUUUCUAUUUUUUUUCCCAUAAGAGACCCAAGAGCUUGAGAAUUGCUUAUUUGUAAAUAAUGAGAUUGCCCCUAGUUAGGUAUGCCCUGAGACAAGUAUUCAAUCAUUGUUCUGCCUUUGGGUGCCAUCUCUGACAAGAGUUAAGCAGUGGUUCAGUGGAUGAACUGUCAACCUUAAUCCUUAUACUUAGAAUUUAUAUAGCAAGUUUAUUUAGUGAAGUAAUUUCUGUUUUCUUAGAAACCUUUAAAAGCCUGAAAAUAUUGUCAUGCUUACUCUAAUUUAAGCCAGUGUCCUAUUCUACAGUUUACUGACCUUAUUUUCACUGUAAUGUUUAUUUUUGCUGAUAUUGUAGAAGUGGUCAUUCUGCUGUAGUUUGCCCUUCUAACAGGUUAUUUAUUAAAGACAUUGGAGAAUUGCUGUGCAAAGCACAUUGCAAAGGCAACCACCACAGUACUUCAAACAGUGCAGUAAAGGUAUUUCUCCAUGAUGAGUUCAGAAGUGGUCUGUGUCUGCCUGUGUGGCUGUUCUGAAGUUUUGCACAGUUCCUCUCUAAUUCCUAAUGACCUUUGAACUGCAGUUUAGGUGUCCAGUCAGCAGAAUUAUUUCUGGAGCAAUGGCUGCCUGUGAGUAACUGUUGUGUAAAAGUAGAGAAUGGAAAGCCCUACCUCUCUUCUUCUCCGCUCACGUGCUGGGAUCAUCUCGGCAUGGAGGGGCAGUGCUUCCUAGGUCCGAUGUUGUUGUUCUGUGCUUUUCAAUUGCUAAUCCUAAUUCCCUGAAUCAUGUGAAAACAAUGUGGUAUCAAGAAAUCAAGCACUUCUGUCCUCGCACACCUGUCAUUCUGGUGGGCUGCCAGCUGGAUCUCCGCUAUGCAGAUCUCGAGGCUGUUAACAGAGCCAGACGGCCUUUGGCAAGGCCGAUAAAAAGGGGAGACAUUUUGCCACCAGAGAGAGGCAGAGAGGUUGCCAAGGAACUCGGGAUACCCUACUAUGAAACCAGUGUAUUUGACCAGUUUGGGAUUAAAGAUGUGUUUGACAAUGCAAUUAGAGCUGCUCUGAUCUCCAGAAGACACCUGCAGUUCUGGAAAUCUCAUUUGAAGAAGGUCCAAAAACCUUUGCUUCAGGCUCCAUUCCUACCUCCAAAAGCCCCUCCUCCGGUUAUCAAAAUCCCCGAGUGUCCCAUGCCGAGCAUGAAUGAAGCUGGAUAUUUAUUGGACAGCCCGCUGUGUGCAGAUGUCAUGUUUGUUCUUCAGGAGCAGGACUGCAUUUUUGCUCACAAGAUUUACCUAGCUACCUCCUCUUCAAAGUUUUAUGACCUUUUCUUAAUGGAAUGUGAGGGAAGUCCAUACUUAGAUGAAACACAGUGUAAUAAAGAAAAUACAAAUACAGAUGUUCUGACAAGUCACCUCGAGACAAACAGUAACAGUGAUGAGGCAUCCUUGAAAUCUUCUGAUGUUAAAAUUCCCCCACCAGAAAGCAGUGAGUCUUUAAACAUGCUAGAACCUGAAUCUGGUGAAAUAAACUCUGCAGCAAGAUCUCUCUCAUCCUGGGGUAAAGGGUUUGUUAGUGUGCAUAAGGAAAUGCAAGUGAAUCCUGUCUCAAAGCGGACGUGUCCUGUCACUGUGGUAAAAAUGGAUUCAUCUGUGCAGGCCACACCUUUUAAAACUGUUUUGCAGUUUUUGUACACAGGCCAACUGGAUGAAAACGAAAAAGACCUCACCAGACUGGCUCAGAUUGCUGAAAUCUUGGAAGUAUUUGACUUGCGAAUGAUGGUGGAGAAUAUUAUGAAUAAAGAAGCCUUCAUGAAUCAAGAGAUUACUAAAGCAUUUCAUGUCAGAAAAGCCAAUCGGAUAAAAGAGUGCCUUUGCAAAGGGACAUUUUCUGAUGUGACAUUUAAAUUGGAUGAUGGAAGCAUCAAGGCCCACAAGCCACUGCUGAUCUGCAGCUGUGAGUGGAUGUCUGCUAUGUUUGGAGGAUCAUUUAUUGAAAGCUCCAACAGUGAGGUAGUUCUGCCCAACAUAAACAAGACCUCCAUGCAAGCAGUUUUAGAUUACUUGUAUACCAAGCAACUAUCCUCCAGUCAGGAACUGGAUACCCUUGAGUUAAUUGCAUUGGCAAAUAGGUUUUGCCUUCCUCACCUGAUUGCUCUAGCAGAGCAGCAUGCAGUGCAAGAGCUGACAAAGGCCUCCAUGAGCGGCGUUGCAAUAGAUGGAGAAGUCCUCUCCUAUUUGGAACUGGCACAGUUUCACAAUGCUAACCAGCUGGCAGCUUGGUGCUUGCACUACAUCUGCACCAAUUACAACAGCGUUUGCUCCAAAUUCCGCAAGGAAAUCAAAGCUAAAUCUUCAGAUAAUCAAGAAUAUUUUGAGAGGCAUCGGUGGCCACCCGUGUGGUAUUUAAAGGAAGAAGAUCACUACCAGCGAGUGAAAAAGGAGAGAGAAAAGGAAGAUGUUGCACUGAACAAACAUCAUUCAAAGCGGAAGUGGUGCUUCUGGAAUUCCUCUGCUGUAGUUGCCUGAACAAAGCAAAUAAGUGGAAAUUCACAGCCAGAAAUUAAUCUUAUUGUUAGAAGUAAGAUAUAGUUCAGAUUUUCAGGAAACUGUGUUCCACGUGUGCAUUUAUUACUGCUAGGGUCAAAAGCACAAUCUCACUGAAAAUGAGCCUGGAACAGCUCCUUGAAGUCAUAUGUAUAUUUUUGACUGGUAAGCAGAUAAAUGUCAACCAUUAUUACAUUAUUUUUUAUAUAAAAAACCCACAAAUCCAGCAUUAAUGUUUCAGUCUCCAGUUGGGACAUAUUUUUAUACUGUCUGGUGUAUUUUGUUCAGAUAAAAUUCGGGAUACUGUUUUAUUUUACAGACCACAAAAUAACCAUGUAGCAGCUUUGUAAUUAGAUUUUAACUAUUUUUACUAUGCGAGUACAGUGAAAUAGACAAUCUUCAGUCAUAAGAGACUGCUUUUAGAGUAUCUCAUAAAAAGUCAUCUUAGGAAAAAAUCUAGUUGUCUACUAUAGGUUGUCUUUUUUAAACUAAUUACUGUGCACUGCUAAUACAAUUAGAUGGUUAUUUCCCCUUUCUGAAGCAAAGGGUUAGCAUAAGAUCCAAUAACUGUAAGAUAUAGAGUGCUUGAUCUUUGCUCAGCUGAAUAAUAGACCUGUUCAACUGCAGGCAAAUGUAUUUCUAAUAUUUGCCAUGUAAGUGCAAAUAAUUAUGACUAUGUGGGCCAUGUGAAAUGUAGUGAUUCUAAGUAUUCAGAGGUUUUAUAUGUCUAGAUCAAAGAGGAUAUUUCUAAAAUCAUUUAGAAGGGCUUAUUAAUUUAUAUCCUUAUAAAAGUAUGGAUCUGAAUGCAAAAAGCAGUUACACUGCUUGCAUUUGAAUUACUGCAUAGCAGUUACCUUGUUCUGCAGGAUCUUCACCAUGCAGCCGUUCCUCAUGCUGAAUUCCUUUUUGCUUUAGUGUAAGCAAAUGAAAGGGCUGCACAAACAAAUAGAAUUUAUCUGGUGUUCCAGCAUUUUGUAAGUGAAGAAAGGUCUUUACACACAAGAUUACUUCAGUUUGAUCCAAAUUCUUUAAUAGCUUUUCCCAGGUAGAACUGAGAGUUUUAGGUUAUUUUUAAGUGAUAUAUUUCCUAUGGAUAUAUUUCCUGUUCCCAGGAUGCUGGGGGCAGACUGAUGGCAGAAAGGUAGGAAUUCUGCACAAGUGGUGCAAGACAAGAAAAAGCUUCCAGUGUUUCCAAAUAGUCUGUGUGUUUAUGACUUUUUUAUCAACAAUUACUCUAAAGCUGCAAUGUUACACUAGAUUAUAUAAGGAUGAGAGCAUUUUUUAAAAGACCAAAACUAAAAUACAUAGACUGUAGAGCAUACACAUGCAAUCCUGUUCAGCGUCUCAGGCACAACUCUGUAACCAAGGUAGUAUUGUGUAUUAGGUUUGUUAAUACUGUUCUGUGCUGGCAGCUCAGCACACUGAUGUGAAAAGCUGUUUCUUUGUGGUUUUUUUUCUGUAUCCAAAGGCAAGGCAGUACAGUCACCCCCAGCUCUGUAGGUCAGGAAAGGCUUUGGCCUGAAAGCCAUAAUCACCUCAACAUAUUUGCAUUCUGCAUGGACUCAUGCUCAGCUGAGGCUACCACAGCUGGGUGGUAGGAGCCACCCAGAAUGGGAGGAGAAGCUGCUCUACAAACCUUUAUGAGGAAAGCAAGUGAGAGAUUCAUCACCACAUGGUGAUAAAGAAGGGCUAUAAAUGAUGGUUGCAAAUAUGUCUCCUUAAUUCUUGGUCAGUGACAAUGCAGAGAAGAACAUGGAAUGAGAACAUGGAAGAUGUGUCAAGACUAAGAUAAAUAGCUGUUGUCAUAAAAUGUUAACCAGUCACAUUUAAGUAAGUAUUGCUACUAGGUUUUACACAACCAAAGCUACUGUAUGAUUGUAAUCUUGCCAAACUGAAAUGGAUAUAUCAAUGAACCUGACGUAUAUGCAAUAAUAUCCAGUUAUUCUAGUUAUCAGCUACUAUAACCAAGUGGCUGGUUCAUUUGGUUAAUGCUGUCUAUGGCCUUUAAUAUUGGUGGUUAUUUUGUGUUUUUUAUUUUGGAAAAAAAGUCAAUAAAACUGUUUAGUUACAAA